GCUGGUUGAUGCAUGGCUUUAGUUUCCCGCCCCAACCUGAUCUUCUAACCCGCCCAAACUCACCUGGCCCGCCCUACAAUCGGAAGGACCCGUUGAUCGAUUCAUAAAUCUUAACCCACCUCAAAAAAAAAAAAAAAAAAAAAGAGAGAAAAAAACCCAAUACUCCAUUAAAGAAGAAGUGAAGACAUAGGAAGAAGAAGAAAAGUAUAAUCUUAAAGUCUUUUAGAAAGUGAAAGCUACAAUCUUUCCUUCCUGGGUUUGUGGCUUUUGUGGUUGCUCGUAGCUUGCCCUCCCUUAGAGAAUGGCCAUGUAUAUUCGUGUUAAGCGUAGCAAGACAACCUACUUCAUUCAGUGUGAUCCUACUGAAAAAAUUCUGGAGUUAAAGCAGAAGUUGCAUAGUCUUAUUGACGAACCUGUUGAUCACCAGCGGUUGAUUCUCGUAGAAACUGGGGAAGUGUUAGAGGAUUCCAAGACUUUGGCAGACCAGAAGGUGGAGAAUGAUGCUGUGGUGGCAUUGACCUUGAAAAAAGAUGAUAAUGAAUUUGAAGAUGUCAACAUCGUAAAGCCAACUGAUUUCUAUCAAUCUCGGGAUUCAGAUGGCGGUUCCAAUUGGUAAUGAAAAGCUCAAGUCCAGCUUAUAGCUUGUUAUGGCAAUCGGCAUGCAAUAUGGGUGGAAGAUCAUCGUGUUUGGGUUCUAAAUAUGGGUUAACAAAUUCCUGUAUGGCUGAAGUGCCUAGAGUUUAGCUGUGCUGGACUACUAGUUCUUUUUGAAGCAAGACUCUUUGCAUUGCUGUUAAAUGUUAAUUAUCAUAUGAAGGAAAAUGCAAUUUAUAAUUUUGAUGCUUGCA